AAGUGUUUAAAAUAAUGCAAGAAUUUGUCGAAUUAAUUUAGGCAGCAUUUUUCGCAAAAGAAAAUAAUUAGCGUAGUUAAGCAGAGUAGUAGCUUGUGAAUUUGAAGCAUUAAUUACCAAAUGAGUUUUUUUAAAAGUGCAGCAAUGCAUUUAUAUCUCCAUAAUUGGAUUCUUAGACUAGAGUAGCAGCAGGAACAUUACUUUAGAGAUGUAUAACUUAUGAGUAAGGAUGGUUAACAAUUGGAUUGGAUGUAAAGCGAAAAAUCAAAGAUGAGUUGCUUUCUCAACUAAUUUCUAGUGAUUAAAAUAUAAAAAAGUCAGCAGCAAGUGUAAUAAUUACAUAUUAAUUAUAUAGUGUUUAUCAGGGAUAUGUGCAAUAGAAUUACCAAGAUAAGAAUGGCCUGAAAUCAUCAGCAUUUUAGUAUCAAAUACUAGACAUGAAUCAAUAGAAGUAAAAAAAGCGGCAACUAUAACUCUUGGUUAUAUUUGUGAAGCCUUGAAAAACUAAAAGUAAUCAAUAGAGAAGUCUGAGAGUGAAAAAGUGUUGUAUGGAAUAUGUAUGGGAUUAUAAGGAGAGAAAGAAAUCAAAUUGAUAUCAAUUAGAGCAUUAAAGGAUAGUUUAUAAUUUAUGGAUUAAGUAUUGGCACAAUAAUAGAUCAGAGAUCAUGUGACUAAAUUAUUGGUUGAAUAAGCAAUAUCUCAAGAUUCUGAAAUAAGAUUAGCAGCAUUAGAAUGUUUAAUUGACUAUACUAAAGCAAUUUUUGAUUAUUUAGGUAAUAAUUUUAAUAAUAUAUCAAUUUAGAAUAAUAUAUUUUGGGUUUAUGGAAUUGUACAUAAGAAAGUAUUUAUAAAUUUGAUUUUGCAAUUGUGACAAUGGAAAUAUGGUAGAGUAUUGCAUCUGAAAUAAAUGAGAGAUCUGCUGUAAGUAAUAGAACUAAUUUGGGAUUCAGAAAAACUUAAAAGGAUGCAUUACAAUUAAUAUCAUAAUAAUUAAUUUAAGCUGUACUUUAAAACUUGCUUAUCUCUGAUGAGGAUGAAGAGGAUGAUGAAGAAUAAGGAGUUUAAGAGGCAGCAUAUAAGGCAGCAUCUUCAAUUAGUGAAGCAUUAGGAAAUCUAAGUUAUUAACUUUAUUUAAGAUUUAUUGAAAGUAAUUUAAUUAUUCAUUAUAUAUUUUAGAUACACUUUAAGCACAAGAAUGGUAAAAUAGAAAGGCUUCUUUAUUAGCAUUUUCUUCAAUGGUUGAGACAUCUGAUGUUUUAGAAUUAUUUCAAUUUUCUAAUUCAGCAAUUGGUGAAUUUAUAAAAAAAUUAGCUGAUCCUCAUAAAUAAGUGAGAUAUGCUGCUGGUAGAGUAAUAACAAGAAUUGCUGAAAAUUAUCCAUUAGUUAUUUUGAAGCAUUAAUUUGCUGAUGAAUACAUUAAUUAAUUUUCAUAAUUUUUAUAAGGAAAUACUAAAUUAACAAAAUAUUUAUUAUGGACUCUUGUGAAUAUAACAGAAGCAUUUAGAGAUGAUCCUAUAAACUAAUUUGGCAAAUAUUAUGAAUUUCUUAUUUCUUAAUUUGCAACUGUUAUAGGUAGAUAAGAUUUUUAGGAUGGAACUUUAUUAGAUAUAGCUUGGGUUGGUAUCAUAAAUUGUUUACAAUGCAUAAAAGAGCCUUAAAAGAUUAAGACAUAUUUAGAAGCUUUUGGUUAAUAAAUGCUUACAGUUUAUUCAUAAACUAGAUGGUAAAAGGAGGCUAAUAUUUCUGGAUUAUUAUCAGCCAUUCACAUUUGUUUCUUAAGAUUAGUAGUAUUGGGUGAUUAAUGUGAUAUAUAAUUGAUGAAUAAUUUCUAUUAACUUAUAGUUGAUUAUUUUAAGAAGAUCUAAACUGUCACAUAAGAUGGUUUUUAUGCAAUUAGUGCUAUUGCUUAAUGUAAAUAUAUUUUUUUAUUUAUUAUAUAGAUAGCAAAAUUAAUUUUAAAUCACUAUUAGAUGAUUUUAUGUAAAAUUAUUUGGAAAUUGGAUUGUAAAAGAAAUUAGAAAUUGAAACAUUUAAAGGAGCCAUUUUGUGUUUAGCUGAUAUUGCAAGAUCCCUUCAAUAUAAAGAGUUUAGCAAAUACUUAAGAAUUUUAGAAUAUCUAAUUACUUGUGUUAAUGUAAUUGAUUUAGUAAUAAUCCAAAGGACUAAUAAGUGAACAGAGUGGCCAAAAUAGCUUUGUUUGUUUGCAUAGCUGACAUAGUUUUAAUAGCAGAGCAUGAGGCUGAACCCUACUUUUAAGCCAUUUGGCAAUUAGUUAAAAGUGGAUUCACUGCUUCAAUCUUUUUCACCUAGAAUAAAGACAUGACACAAUUGGAAUAUUAUGAAAAUUUAAAUGAUGCCUUAUUAAAUUGUUAUUUAUGCAUGUUACAUGCAUUCAACUUAAAUAAGAUACCUUAUUUACCACUUUAUUAAACAAUAUCUGAAUUGUGUAUGUUUAUUUAAGCAACAUCUGAAAAGUCAUUGACACCUACUGUGGUAUUAAUUAUUAUUUAAUAAUUAUAGGAAUAUAUUCGUCUUUGUGUUACUUGUUUACUCGAUUGUGUGUCGUAUUAUAAAUAAGUAAAGGGAUAAGAGAAUAUAUCUUAAAAAAUACUCACCAGUCCUCUUCUCAUCAGCCUAUUGGAAAUGUUAAAAUAAUAUUCAANGAGUAAUAACAAGAAUUGCUGAAAAUUAUCCAUUAGUUAUUUUGAAGCAUUAAUUUGCUGAUGAAUACAUUAAUUAAUUUUCAUAAUUUUUAUAAGGAAAUACUAAAUUAACAAAAUAUUUAUUAUGGACUCUUGUGAAUAUAACAGAAGCAUUUAGAGAUGAUCCUAUAAACUAAUUUGGCAAAUAUUAUGAAUUUCUUAUUUCUUAAUUUGCAACUGUUAUAGGUAGAUAAGAUUUUUAGGAUGGAACUUUAUUAGAUAUAGCUUGGGUUGGUAUCAUAAAUUGUUUACAAUGCAUAAAAGAGCCUUAAAAGAUUAAGACAUAUUUAGAAGCUUUUGGUUAAUAAAUGCUUACAGUUUAUUCAUAAACUAGAUGGUAAAAGGAGGCUAAUAUUUCUGGAUUAUUAUCAGCCAUUCACAUUUGUUUCUUAAGAUUAGUAGUAUUGGGUGAUUAAUGUGAUAUAUAAUUGAUGAAUAAUUUCUAUUAACUUAUAGUUGAUUAUUUUAAGAAGAUCUAAACUGUCACAUAAGAUGGUUUUUAUGCAAUUAGUGCUAUUGCUUAAUGUAAAUAUAUUUUUUUAUUUAUUAUAUAGAUAGCAAAAUUAAUUUUAAAUCACUAUUAGAUGAUUUUAUGUAAAAUUAUUUGGAAAUUGGAUUGUAAAAGAAAUUAGAAAUUGAAACAUUUAAAGGAGCCAUUUUGUGUUUAGCUGAUAUUGCAAGAUCCCUUCAAUAUAAAGAGUUUAGCAAAUACUUAAGAAUUUUAGAAUAUCUAAUUACUUGUGUUAAUGUAAUUGAUUUAGUAAUAAUCCAAAGGACUAAUAAGUGAACAGAGUGGCCAAAAUAGCUUUGUUUGUUUGCAUAGCUGACAUAGUUUUAAUAGCAGAGCAUGAGGCUGAACCCUACUUUUAAGCCAUUUGGCAAUUAGUUAAAAGUGGAUUCACUGCUUCAAUCUUUUUCACCUAGAAUAAAGACAUGACACAAUUGGAAUAUUAUGAAAAUUUAAAUGAUGCCUUAUUAAAUUGUUAUUUAUGCAUGUUACAUGCAUUCAACUUAAAUAAGAUACCUUAUUUACCACUUUAUUAAACAAUAUCUGAAUUGUGUAUGUUUAUUUAAGCAACAUCUGAAAAGUCAUUGACACCUACUGUGGUAUUAAUUAUUAUUUAAUAAUUAUAGGAAUAUAUUCGUCUUUGUGUUACUUGUUUACUCGAUUGUGUGUCGUAUUAUAAAUAAGUAAAGGGAUAAGAGAAUAUAUCUUAAAAAAUACUCACCAGUCCUCUUCUCAUCAGCCUAUUGGAAAUGUUAAAAUAAUAUUCAAACUAAUAAGAAAAUCAAUAAUUAAUUAUGUAUGCUAAUGAUUUAUGCAAAUCAUUCCAAUUGCCUUAAUAUUUGAAUUGA